UUAGCAGAGAGAGCUGGAAAGAUGGCGGCCGGUUCUGGGGCUGCGAGUGGCCACGGAGCCCGAAGCUCCAACGCUGCACUGGAGGCGACUUUGGACCGGCGGCUUCAAGGAGUAUCCAACACUAUGGAGUCAAUACAAGGGCUUUCAAACUGGUGCAUCGAGAACAAGAAACACCACGGCCUUAUCGUUCGCUACUGGAUGAAGUGGCUCAAGAAGUCUGACAACAAUCACCGCUUGAACCUCUUCUACCUUGCCAAUGACGUGAUACAAAACUGCAAAAGAAAGAACGCCAUUGUGUAUCGUUCAGCUUUCGCAGACGUCCUUCCAAAUGCUGCGCAGCUCAUCAAAGAUGGGAAGGUCCGCAAGUCAGUGGAAAGGAUCUUUACCAUUUGGGAGGAGAGGAGUGUGUAUCCAGAGGAGGUCAUUUCCCAGUUUAAAGCUGGGUUGAACAAAAAGGAAAAGGAGCGUGAGAGGCAGAAGGAAAGAGAAAGAGAAAGAGAAAAAGAAAAAGAAAAGCAGAAGGAGAAGAUAAAGGAGGCGACUCCUCCUGCGGCUGUAGCUCCGGCCAAUUCCAAAGCUGCCCUGAAGUCCAAGAUUGUGGCAGAGUUCACACCCCAGUCCCUCAUUGAACAAUUGUCUAAAUAUAAGCAAGCGGUGGCUGAAGAAGAGUUCAGGGAGAAGCAGCUGGCCGCUCUCAGGGUGGAUGUGUGCAGCACAGAGGCCCUAAAGAGGCUUAAAGACAAAGCAGGAGGGAACAAGUUUGCCAAGGACUUUGAGGAUGGCAGUUUGAAGCUGCAGGAGUUCGUCAGCUUCAUGGAGAAGGAGUUGAAAACUGGGCCACCUCUGCUGGAAGCUCUGGGAAAUGCAGAUAUUUUCUAUGAGAUGCAGUACAAGGAGGUUAAGAUUGUGGCUAAUGCGUACAAUGCCUUUGCCAACCGUGUGGCCAGUCUCAAAAGGAAACUGGAUUCUCUCAAGUCGAAUCUGCCUGGACCUGAGGACUCUCCCAUCCCCUCACCAUCUGAAGACGCCCCGUCCCCCACCGGCUCUGAUUCACCCUUUUUGGCAAUGAGUGCUAGCAGAGCUCAGGUGGAUCCGGAGCUGGAUGGCAAGGCCAUGGAUGAGGGAGAAAUGCAUAGUGACAACAGAGACAUGGACAUGGACAUGGACAUGUCUGAUGAAGAGAAUGAUGGUACUGCAGUGGGCGAUGACAAAAAGGACAAGCCAUCCGUUGCUGUUCCCAAAACUACAAAGUCAGAUGUGGCGUCAAAGCCUCCCAACACGCCCACAAAAGCCUCUAAGGCCAACACUUCUGCUGCUGCAACAGUCACCCCAGUUACUCCCACAUCAGCUACCGCUACAAGUGCUCCAACAACUCCUCUAGGAGUCAAUCUUGCCAAGGUGGACCUGGGAAAGAUCAGCUCCAUUCUCAGCUCACUCACAUCUGCCAUGAAGAAUACAGCAGCUAGUCCAUCACCUCGUCCAUCUCCUGGGACCCCCACCACACCUUGUGGCCAACCAGCAGCUUCCAAACAAACCCCUCCAAGCCCGGCCUUGGCCAGCAUACUGUCACGUGUUGACAUAACUCCUGAAGGAAUACUUAAUGCUCUGUCUAAAACCAACACACCAGGUUUGUCAUCUCUUCUGCAAAGUGUGACAAACACCACCUCAGCUCCUGCCACAAGAACCUCCCCAGAAUCAGCAACUGCUAAAACCCCGCUCACUCCAACCACACCAAAAACAAAACCUACUCUGGGGAACAGCCUGAAACGAGACACAGCCGGCAGAACCAGAGACUGGGAGAAAGAGAGACAGCAGUCCCCUCCUCCUCCACCCCCUCCUCGCCCUUCAGCUCCCUCUGUCUCUCCCCCUAGCUUGGAAUCAAAGAUCAACAGUUUCUUGCAGGGUAAUCCGGGUUUUAGCCUCGCUCUUGGGGAUGUCAGUCCUGAUGGGGUGGAUGGGACCCCAGUGAGAGAUGAGGCAGCUGGCACCCCAACCCAGGACGAGAUCAUGGACACACCUGGUAGUGUGCCAGAAUCUCUAGGCUCGUCUGGAGGCCAUAACCUCUCGCCCACAGCGUACCGCAGUGAGCCGUGGGAUGCUGUCAUCACUCCAUCAGGAAGCAGCAAUGAUGGAGACUACCUGACCUCAUCUUCUUCCCGGCAUGGCGCUGGGAAAAUGAACAGCUCCAAAUUAAAGGACGAUGAAGUGAUGAACAUGAGGAAGCAGGUCUCCUCUUCUUCCAGCAGUGACAUGAAGGGUAAGAAAGAUGAGCAACACAACCAGUUAAGAAUGAUGGGAAACAGCAGAGCGAUGGGAGAACGGAGAGUCUCUGCUGGCUCACGUAAGGCGAGCACAGGUUCAGAUGAUGGAGGCCUGAGUGGAAGAAGAGAAGACAAGGGAAAGGGUCAAGACUCUUCAGACAUGAAGGAGGGCCAGUACCAUCGCAUUGAGACACUUGUGUCGCCCUGCACCGAAGGAGCACCCAUCCAAACUCUAGGCUACUCCAACCAGCCACUCGCUGGAGAACGCAUCAAGACGGUAGAGAGCAUCCGUGUGAUUGGUCGAGGCUCUCGGCGAGGGGGAGGGGCCGGCAUUCGGCCAGCGGGAGGGAUGUGGUAUGAAGAGGAGGAAUACCUGGAAGCUCAGCCUCCCUCACCUCACAUCGGCCCCCCUCCUCUUAACAUCGGAGGCUCAGAGAACAUGAACGCCUCCAUGCCUCCUCCCAUUCCCCCACAUCUCCUCCUGUCACAUCUUCACCCCCCUCACCCCCAUCCCCACUCACAUCCCCCUCCUCACAGUCCGUUCCAAAUGCCCUACCACACAGACAACAUGCAGACUCCUCCUCCUUCACACCUCCACCAGCAUCUCCCCCCUUCAUCCGCCUUCUUCGGCGCUCCUCCGCCGAUUCCGCGGCCCCCUCCUCCUCCAGUACAGCAGCGCAUGUCCCCCCCACACUCUCACUCCACCGUGCCCUCUGCAGUCAUGGUGGGGGGAGUGUUGGUCCCAGUUGACCGCCCCCUAUCUCUUCCUCCACAGAUCAGACCUGAAGGUUCAGAGCGAGGUGGCGUGGGGCACAGAGGAAACAAAGUGGCCCCUCCACCCCUCAUGUCGUCAUUGCUAGGCGAGCCCCCUAGACUUCCCCGUCCCGGCACAAUUAAAGAGGCUUUUGUUCCUCUCCAUGCUCCCCCCCUCCACCGCCCAGGCACCCCUGGCGUCCCUCCACCCUUACUAGGCAGAGUGAAGGAGCCUCUGAGUCUACCUCUUCCAUCCCCUUCUCCUUCUCCCACAUCUUCCACAACCUCUCCCUCCACACCUACUUCCCCUGCAGUUGACAGCGCCUCCGCUCGCUCUCUCGCUCAGUCCGCUCCUCUCCAGAAACCCCCCGCUAGCCCUCCAGCUCAGACCCGUAACCAAACCUCCAACCCCGUUCCCCUCCUCAACUUGCCCAGCCCUCGGCCCCCAAUGCUCUCCGUCCCCAUCCCGCAGAGACCCAUGCUGCGAGGGCGCACCCCGUCUCAGCAGCAUAACCAAGAUCUCUCCAUGAGGGGGUUUCGUGGGGGAAAGCGCUCUGGUCCUCCGUUCACAGGCGGUCCCUUCCACGCACAGAAGAGGCCUUUCCGACCCCCGCGCUACUGAAGCGGUCACCUGCGACGAGCAGAACGAGAAGCGCAAGCCACACAUCUAGCAGUGCAGUGUGUGUUAGCCCUGCUGGUAUGAGCCCAGAUAUCUUUACUAUGUUAACUAGUGUGAAUUAAAACUACCUUAGGUUGUGUGUAAAUAGCUGAUUAAAUCUUCAUGCUUCAGUCAUCGUCCACUGUACAGUACAGCUAAGAGGUUAUCAGUUACAUAGUGCAGAGUGUUGUGUAACAACCCUCAAUCUCUCCUUUUUUUUUCCAGUGCUCCAUAUACAGCAAAUAAAAGUUGCAAUAAGUUUGGUGCAAGAGAUACAUACCGUAUGAAGAAAACACUGACAGUUCAAGCAGAAAUUAAACUAUACUACGUUUAGUGUUUACCUACUUGUGUGAUUCUUGGGGUUCUUUACCUGAGACGGUGAGAGAAAAGUACGUUUUCUCGCGAGAUACUAAGAAGAAACUUAAAGCAGUAGUUUGGUAUUUUGGGAAAUGUGUUUUUCUUGCUGAGAUUUACACAAGCUCAGUACGACUCACUCACAUCAGCCGUCUAUACAGUCUAUGAAGCUUGGCUUAACAAAGACUGGAAACAGGCACCUCUGUCUGAAGCUAAAAACGACACCUCCCAUUAGUUGUAUCUCAUUUGCUCCGUACAAACCGAAGGGAUUAUUAGUAGUUUUGUUGCUGUGCAACAAAAUAAGUGAUUUCUUACAAUCACAACUGGUUGCCUGGCAACAACACUCCAGGAAGUUUGAGCUCCUGGGAGGUUACCUGGUUACGUUCAGAAUAAACCAGGCUAGUUGUUUACCCAUUUCCAGUCUUUAUGCUCAUUUAUGCCACAAAUCUUCCCUGUCUCACCUUUAACAGAUUAUCAUGUCCCAGAAUGUCAAACUGGUGCAUCAAAAAUGGGUGAUUGAAGUGAUGUAUGUAGGCAAUCUCUUCUUCCACGAGCGCAUGGGUGUGUGUGCUGUGCAUCCUGUUUCUCAUAUGAAGUUAGGACAUUUGUGUUGCAGCUGAGGUUAACACGUUCUUAUUUCCAGAGAAUCUGUUGUAAAUAACUUUCUUCUCUUGCUAAACCUUUUUUCUCCAUUCUUCUAUCCCUCCCACUGUAUAUUUCUAAGCUUGUAAAUAUAAAGACUGACUGAGUUGAGUUUUUCUCUUCAAGCUCUUAUUUCUGUUAAAGAGGACAAUGAUCGUUACUCAUGCACCCCGUCUUUACUGUGAUUGAGGCCUUGGAAUAAGCUAUAGACCUGAAGAAUUUCACUGCAGUUUCUGUCUUCUUGUCUUUCUUUUCUGUCCUCCUUUUGAAACCACCACACAGAAGAGGAGGGUGAAGAUAAUUAUUCAUUUUUAUUUCUGGCAUAAAUGUCUGCCUGUGCGCGUUUCAAGUUAGACCGAGUAGUGGAUCGCGGGCGGGGGGAGACAUUCUUAGUUUGAGCCACACUCUCCUGCUAGUCUUCAAAAUGUACUGACUUGAAUAAAAUCCAGAAUUUCAAUUCAACUGGGGAGGGAGGUAUUUUAUUUGGUCACUAUGAUUUAUCACUUCAGCUGCGCUAUUUUAGUCUUAUGUCAUGGUGUUCAUAUGUAUUUUUAGAGAAAUAGUUUUCAUAUAUUUACACAGCUGCGGCCUUUUUCACAUCACCAUGUAACUACUUUAUGUUUCUGCUGUGUUUUCUACCUGAUAGAAUUGGCAGUUUGACAUUUGCAAGCACCUACAGAUGGAAUCUGGGGCAGAAAUAUUUGCGCUAAUUAGUAUUUUUUUGUCUUUUUUUUUUUUUUUUUAAUAAUCCAGUUGUUUUGAUCCCCCCCUCCCCUUUCUCUGUAUUCUCUGGCUUGAAUGCUUCUACAUUCAAGCCCUUUUGCUUACCUUGUGCUCACAUGGCUUCAGCAAGAGACAUCUCUGCACCACUUCUGAGGGUAGAAAAGCAUUGGCACAGUGGCAGCGAUUCUCCCUUUCACGCUGCAAUUGUUGCCAUUAUUCUGCGCUCUUUCAUACAGUAGUAGUUACCCGCAGAGUGAAACGGUGCCUCAUGUCUCUCGUACUUAUUUUCUUUUUUUUAGUUAACAGUUAGUCAAGUCGCACAUUUUUGUAAAGUUGGUGAAUAGAUACAUUGUAAGAAUUUACAAGGCAUUUAUUUGUCACUACAGUGCGAGCGCAACAUCUGAUGUUUUUUUUUUUACUGAAUGUCAUGUCUGUUACCACACUCUGUAAACGUUGCUAUCUCUGCAGACGCACAUUGGAGGAGCAGAUAAUCAAUACCACUUUGAAGUGUUAACGUUGCACGGAGAGAAAACCAGAUAAAUUGUUACACACGUCUUCAUGCAAGCUUUGGUUUGACAAAUUAAUGUUGAACGUGGUUGUAUAGGCUGAUGGUUUGUGUAUAUUUGACAAGUUUACCUGCUAUUACUGCUGUUCUCAUCAAUGAUGCUAUAUCACUGGUC